AUGUCUGUAUGGUCGACAAGCACCGGACGCAAUUCAGUGUUUGGUGCCGAGGGUGGACCAACGACCUUAGCUUCCACUCAUCCAACGAUUCCAAUUGACGCUCAUUCCCACUCUCAUCUUCACACCACCGAGGGUCACUGUUUCAACAAACGUUUUUACAAGUGUCAGACAACAAUGUCGCAGUCCGGAGAUGGCCUUCAUACGCCGAGUUAUCUUUCUUGGAGAAAAUUGCAGCUCAGCCGGGCAAAGCUCAAGGCUUCCUCUAAGACCUCGGCGUUACUUUCUGGAUUUGCAAUGGUAGCAAUGGUAGAAGUGCAACUAAGCACAGAAACAAAAGUGCCUACAGAAAUGCUGAUAGCAUUCGCAGUGUGUACAACACUCCUGGUAGCCGUCCACAUGCUUGCGUUGAUGAUCUCAACGUGUAUUCUUCCCAACAUAGAGGCCGUCUGCAACCUCCAUAGCAUAAGUCUGGUCCACGAAUCUCCUCACGAGCGUCUCCACUGGUACAUCGAGGUAGCCUGGGCCUUCUCGACGCUCCUGGGACUUAUUUUAUUCCUAAUAGAAAUCGCAAUCCUCUGCUGGGUUAAAUUCUAUGACUUUUCUGAAGUCGCGGCUUGGUCUGCUUGCGUGGUCCUGAUUCCCGUGCUGGUUGUCUUCCUGGCAUUCGCGGUUCACUUUUAUCGCAGCCUCGUCGCUCAUAAGUACGAAGUCACGGUUUCGGGGAUUCGCGAGCUAGAGUUACUUAAAGAGCAAAUAGAGUCUACUGACAUCGAAGGAAGAAAUGGCAGUAUGCUCCAAUCUACCACGCAUAUUGUAUGA